AUGGAAAAUGAAAUAUGCAACAUCAUGGACGAAACAGUAGAACAGUCACUAAAAGAAAUAGGACAUAGCAUAUCAUGUCUACAUAUCAAUUCAGGAGCGCAACUGGAUGACAUAUUCAGACUCAGACACCUUUUCCCAUACUCAAAAUUUGUAAAUGAUAUGCGUGGUUUAUCAAUCAAUUUGGGAAACUUCUUUUCAGCAUACGCGCCACGCCUGGAUUCCUUCCUAGUCGGGCCAAUCAAACCGCCAGUCUCCGAGACAACUGUUUCAUACGCCGAUAAAAUAAUAGUCGCCGACCUACUAAACGUCGGAAAGUCAGACGAGACAAUCAACCGUUGGAAACAACUCAAGAAAGAUUUGAACAACUCCUCAGACGCAUUAGUGCACAAGGACAAUGUAACUGCAAUUGUUGAGGCAAAUAAUGAACUUUUGCAACAACUCGUGAACCGCAGCCUGGAAUUCGAAAAACCACAAAAACACUCAGAAGCAAACACAUUCCUCAAGUUGGGAACCUCGACGAUUACUUGUCGAAACUCAAGUAAAAACGCAUACUGUCGACUACACAAUAAGAACAAGAUGUCACUGCCCGAUUGGAAGGGGCUGCUAAAAUGGACUUUGCAGCAAGUCCCAGAGACCCCAUCUUCGGAGAAGAAACCAAUAUCAAAAGAAGAUGUAGAAUUUCUUCAAAAGGCUAUGGAAAGUGUUCAUGAUCAUGACAAAAAAGUCAAAUCAGCAGCACAACUCAUACAAGAAUUGGCAACACAAAGUAAAUUUAAUGACCUCGAAACUUUACUAGAGGCAUUCGACACUAUGGAACAGUUUUACGAGGAACAUCCCGGAAAUGCGUCGUCAGUACACAGGACAGGUAUGCUGGAUGCAAUCACGGAGUACAUCAAACAAGGCAACCUAGACGUCAUGCCCGCAGUGCUAUCGCUAUUGAUAACAACAAUAUCAAACAAUGCGAAGGUACAGGAAGAGGCGGCAAAGGGACCGAUGAUGCAGUACCUUCUGCAACUGAGGCAAAAGGCUGAUGGCACCGCACUAGAGCCAAAGCUAAUCACCGCUAUUGCAGCGGUGAUACGACACUGCGACAUCGCCGAAAAACAAUUUGUCAAAGUAGGAGGGAUGCAAUACAUCGCACAAUGUACUGCGAAAAAAAAUCUCAAAGUAAAAGAAAAGGCAGCGCUACUUAUAUACCACUUUGUCAACCAACAAAAACUAGACAAGAGGGAAGCACAGAAAAUGCAACUCCUUACUGCAGUACGUAACCUCAUGCCACUAGAUGUUCAGACGCACGGGAUACAGUAUGCAGAAGUAUGCAUCAACCUCUUCGCCGCGGCCGUUCUCAAGUACCCACACUCAAUCAACAGGGACGAAGCACUCUCACUUUGGAGACAGCUUGCAAAAGCUGUUGAAAACACAAAGGAACUCGAGGGCGCAAAUGAAAUUUUGCGGGAAGUACACAAUGCACUCGUAAAAUGA